AUGCCGUGGUUCGUUAAGCGGCGAGACCCAGCUCUUGCAGACGUCUCCGAUGAAGCCCUUCAGCAGCUCACCAAGCUGCUUUACAUGGAUACGUCCGACUACUUUGGCCAUCGGGCCAGAGAAUGGCUCGUGAAACAAGAGCAGCAAGUCAAGGGGCUUGACGUUGCGCUGCUGCGUCCAAGGAAUCUGUUGGCACGCCUCACUCUCGGGGUUUGUGGAUACAGAUUACCCAUUUACUCGGAAGGGCCGAGACUAUGCGCGGCACAUGAAGCCCUGGAUUCGAAGAUUAUCCGGUGUAUAUUGCAGUUGGUUGCGGAUGAGUGUACGAUGCAGACGAACCGGUAUCGCAGCCUACGACUCAAGAAGAUGCUGAAACCUUCGCUGGGGGGUUGGAUGGGGAGAAUCGAUUCUAUAACGGCGCUUUGGCUGGGAGAAGACAAGUUUCGGCGUGUCUUUGGGUGUCGUCUUAGGGGCGAGAUGCCGGAUUGCGCCGGGAUCAAAUGUGAGGCGUGUAUGCUUGCUGUGAUUGGUGGCUCUUCGAUUCAUCUUACGGAUCUUCGGGCAAAUGUGUUGGCGAGAAAGGCGUAUGGUACGGAGCUUACGGGGCGGGAAUGCAAGCGGCCUCGAUUGCUACGGGUGAUUGACUCGUGGAUGUCACACUUUCAGGAGGACUGCCGGAAGGAUAUUUGUGAAUGUAGCGAGGCCAUGGUGAGCGACAUUGUCGAAAUGCGCACUAUGGCGAGGAGGAGGAGAGACAGACGAGAUGAGAGACGCAGGAGGAAGGGAAAGACGCCCGGAGUGCGCAGUGAUGUGAGGAUGAGGUUGACGGAGGAGGGACUACCGAUUCCACGACAGCCGAGACUGAGAAGGCGUGAUAAGGAGAGGCUUGUUAGGAAGAAUGAGAAGAAGAUGGAGACGCUGCUGUCACUUCAGGAGACGGUGGUUGAGCAACAGGAACAGGAGUUGGAAUUUGUUGCUCUGCUUGUUGUGGACAAAGAUUGUGAUUGCGUGAGAACCAAAUCCUCGAACUGCUCUCAGAAGAACAACGAUACUACCGAGACGAUAACAGACUCCAAAUCUAAUGGAGGAAAUCAACACGAUUCUAGGGAAGACCGGCCAUUAGACAAAGAUACACGGGAAAAAGAAGCCGUCGACGAAGAAUUCCUAGUGCGAUCACAGCUCACCCCUGACGACGACACGUUUUGUAAAAGCAUCCGCACACGAAACAAGCUCGACUACAACACAAACACAACGUCGAGCUGGACAAGCAAAGUCGACGAGGAUUCACCACUCAUCGUUCAGGCGCCUCGCGUCGAAGAGCUGUUGACUCGCGAGCAGACAUCGUCGAGCGUGUACUCUUGCGACGAGGCCGUCAAAAGCAAGACGAAGAUGACGAUGUUUGAUGAGGCGCUUUCGGCGCUUUCUGGGUUUACGCGCGAAUCAGCGUCGUUGUGGUUGAUGAAUGGGAACAAGGAUCAUGCUAAGGCGGGGACGGAGAGGAGUAAAAAUCACAAGACGGCAUUGGCAAUGUUGGAAGGGAGAGAAGAAGAAGAAGAAGAAGAUGAUGAUGCUGCGUCGUGUUAUGAGACGAUGGGGUGGGGAGGACCCAGCAGGUGA